AAGAACUUGCUCGCGGAGUUCUGCGAGACGUUGCUACAACUUGACUGACCCGGUUCUAUACGUUUCGCAUAUAUUCUAAUAUGAAUCCAGCCAUUUUACUUUUCCUUAUCGCAUACAUCUCAUCUACUCGUGCUUACUACUAUUACGGUCCAUACUCGCAAUACGGGGAAUACGAGCAAUACGACCUAUACCCACCAGACUCAGAUUAUCAGUGGUCACUGCCGGAAGUGGGUCAUGGUGUGACUGUAACCGCAAGAGUUCUUUAUGAUUCUACACUAAAGUCAACAGGCUCAUCGGAAAACGAAGUCACUGAAGAUGAAAAGGCGCCAACUCUUGAGGAUUUUAAGAAACUUUUCGAACAGGUUGAGGCCUUUUUCCACUCUCUGUCAAUAAUGAUUAAAAUCGAAGUAGUAAGUGUUGACCAGAUUGAUGAACUUGGUGUCGAAAAUAAGCCAGGCUCACUGGAUGCGAACGCUACUCUUGAGAAGUUCAAGAGCCAUGUUGCCCCUCAGGAAGACGCAAAUAACACUAUUAACUAUUUGUUUACAAGGAAGCCAUUGUACGUAAAAGAAACUGGAGAGGAGCCGGAGGACAAGUACAUUUACUAUGGCACAUUCGAAACAUUUUGCAGUACAAUGAAGAGUGCUGUUGUCGUGCAUCAUCUCGCUAUGAACGACUCUACAAAUGCUGUAGGAGCAACGGCAUGGAUGUUCGGUCUAACAGGUUAUGACUCUGUCGAGAUGGAUUUCUUCACCUUGCUGUGGGUGUUUCAACACUGCCCGAAAAACACUUGCAUGGAAAAGUGCAAGCAGCAAUGUUGAGCAAAAGGAGCUGAAUGAAGACUCUGGAUGUAUUUACAACCAUCAAUUUAAAACAGAGGAGUAGCAUGGAUAAUAUGAGUCAAUAAAGUGCUUCUUUAUGCA